GCGGAAGUGCCAGGCGGGCGGGAGGCGCAGCUCCGGGAGAGCGCAGCUCGGCCCCGCCGCCCGGCCCGUGCUCCGGGGCGCAGCCACGCGGGUGCACCGGAGACAGAUCCCUUUGCCAUGAACCAGCCUGCCCCAAGGGCCCCCCCUCCACCCCGACGUGUGCGACUGAAGCCCUGGCUGGUGGCCCAGGUGAACAGCUGCCAGUACCCAGGCCUUCAAUGGGUCAAUGGGGAGAGGAAAUUCUUCUACAUCCCCUGGCGCCAUGCCACGCGGCAUGGCCCCAGCCAGGAUGGAGAUAAUACCAUCUUCAAGGCCUGGGCCAAGGAGACAGGAAAGUACACUGAGGGGGUGGACGAGGCGGACCCGGCCAAGUGGAAGGCCAACCUGCGCUGUGCCCUUAACAAGAGCCGUGACUUCCGCCUCAUCUAUGACGGACCCCGGGACAUGCCACCUCAGCCCUACAAGAUCUAUGAGGUCUGCUCUAAUGGCCACGCUCCCGCAGAGUCACAGCCCAGUGAGGAUUACGUUUUUGGUGCAGGAGAGGAGGAGGAGGAGGAAGAGGAAGAGCUCCAGAGGAUGUUACCAAGCCUGAGCCUCACAGGUGGGGCCGGGAAGUGGUGUGGUUGGGGGCCUAGAGUAAGGAGAAGCUGCAGGUACCACAGCUGUUUGCCCCCACUCUCUGUAGAAGCAGUGCAACCUGGCCCCCCCAUGGCACCCUAUUCUUUACCGAAAGAGGAUGUCAAGUGGCCCUCCACUCUCCAGCCACCUGUGGUGCUGGGCCCACCUGCACCAGACCCAAGCCUCCUGGGCCCCACCCCUGGGAACUCUGCUGGCUUUGGGGAGCUUCUCCCUGAGGUCCUGCUGAGCCUGCAGCCUGGACCCCUGGCUGCCAGCCUGCCUCCCACGGGCGAACAACUCCUGCCCGACCUGCUGAUCAGCCCCCACAUGCUGCCUUUGACUGACCUGGAGAUCAAGUUCCAGUACCGGGGGCGGCCACCCCGUGCCCUCACCAUCAGCAACCCACAGGGCUGCCGGCUCUUCUACAGCCAGCUGGAGGCCACACAAGAGCAGGUAGAGCUCUUCGGCCCCGUGAGCCUGGAGCAAGUGCGCUUCCCCAGCCCCGAGGACAUCCCCAGCGAAAAGCAACGCUUCUACACAAACCAGCUGCUGGACGUCCUGGACCGCGGGCUCAUCCUCCAGCUGCAAGGCCAAGACCUGUAUGCCAUCCGCCUGUGCCAGUGCAAGGUGUUCUGGAGUGGGCCCUGUGCCUCAGCCCACGGCUCACAGCCCAACCCCAUCCAGCGGGAGGUCAAAACCAAGCUUUUCAGCCUGGAGCAUUUUCUCAAUGAGCUCAUCCUGUUCCAGAAGGGCCAGACCAACACCCCACCACCAUUUGAGAUCUUCUUUUGCUUUGGGGAGGAGUGGCCUGACCGCAAACCCCGAGAGAAGAAGCUCAUCACUGUACAGGUGGUGCCUGUAGCAGCUCGGCUGUUGCUGGAGAUGUUCUCAGGGGAGCUUUCUUGGUCCGCUGAUAGUAUCCGGCUACAGAUCUCAAACCCAGACCUCAAAGACCGCAUGGUGGAGCAGUUCAAGGAGCUCCAUCACAUCUGGCAGUCCCAGCAGCGGUUGCAGCCCGUGGCCCAGGCCCCUCCCGUGGCAGGCCUCGGUGAUGGCCAGGGGGCCUGGCCCAUGCACCCAGUCGGCAUGCAACAAUGAGACUGCAGAUAGUGACUGGCACGGGCUUUCCAGGUGGCUGUGCGAUGGCCCCAGUGGGCACCUGACUGGCUUGCAGUUCUUUCUGGGUCUUCUGGAAGUGGAUUUGUGCUGUGAGGGAAGAGAGGUCUGAGUUCCAGGUUCUCCUUGUAACCUCUGAGGGAAGCUAGAAGCCACUUUUGCUUUGAGGGCUCAGUCUUCCUGGAUAUGCCUCUCCUCUGCUCACUCUGGGGGAACUCAGACAUCAGCCCAGUGAGCAGAGGAACUUCCCCAAUCUGAGAGGCCUACCUGAGAGGUAUUUGUUCCAGAGUGGCCCACCUUUGUGGUUGCCCCCCAAUUCCUCUGGCAAAAACCGCCAAGUGCAGUGAGCCAUGCUCUCUCAGCAGGGCAUGGGCCUGAUCCGAUCUGGGGGUUCCCUAGUUUGAGCCUCUUGUCCUCAUAUCUGAGACAGAUAUGCACACAGGUAUUAUACCAGAUCCUUAAGGCUGGCAGCUACCUCCUUCUUGAAAGAACAUGGGGGUAGAAGUGGAAUUUUAUGUAUUUUUGAACUAAUAAAUAUUAAAAAGAUCCAGUUGCUUCCAUGCUGUUCUAUCAGACCUGAUUUCUGAUAUCAGCUGACUAUUUCCCCAGCACCUGCCCUCCACCUCUGGGGCCAUGUCAGAGGGAGGGCCUGCCUUCCUGCUGAGUCAGUAGUGCUCUGUGAUCACUGAACUGGCUGGCUUUGCUUUCUAGGAGGAAGCUAGCUGAAGUAAGGGUGUGGAUUUUUAAAUGUGUGCAGUCUGAGAUUCUGUCCAAGUCAAACUCUGAGUACAAGUGAUGUUAUGUAGGAAAGUUUGUUUCAGUGAUUUCAAAUAUUAGAUAAAGCUCUACAGUCAAGCUUAUUAGCUCAAAACCCAAUUAACAUGCUGAGUGAUCCUAUUUAUAUAAAACUACAGAAAAUGCGAACUAAUCUACAGGGACAGAAAGCAGAUCAGUGCCUACUUGAGCAUGGGGAGGAUGGUAAGAGGCACGAGGAAACUUUUGGGGGUAAAGAUAUGUUCACUAUCUUGACUGUGCUGAUGGUUUCAUGGGUGUAUCCUAUGUCAAAGCUUAUCAAUUGUGUAACUUAAAUAUGUGCAGCUUAUUCUAUGUCAAUCAUAGUGCAAAUACAGGUUUCUUUUUUUUCAAAGACCAAAUACUGUAUUCAGAAGGUUAGGAGUCAAUCAAACUAUUGGAGUGGCCAUUGUAGAAAGAAUAUACGUACCACAAAUGUAGCAUGAGUUUUAGGGUGAACUAGAAGAAUAAAAGAGCCAACUCCCCUGACACAUGAAGAGUCCAUGGCAUCAAGAGCAGGGGCCUGCCGUUUAAACUCCACAGGCAGCCAUCUCCCAGGUAACGCCUAGGACUGCUCACUGGUGUAGUCUAGCUGUAUCAUUUCAGAGCUCUGAGGCGGUAAAAGGAAGGAGAAACAAACACUGAUUAAAUUUUAAAAAUUUA